UUAUCAAACACUCGAAAAAGGAAAGGAAGGAGAAAAGCAAUCGAAGAAUUUGGACAGCGAAAGCAGAGAGCUUCGCCAUCUCUCUCUCUCUCUCUGAGCUUCAGCGGAGGAGCUUUGAAGGGUGUCUGCCUUUGAGAAAGAACAGAAAAGGGAUACAGGCUUGCAUGUGCUCCAGUUUGUCAUCAAGCAAUUAAUUUUGCAUUCUCAUCAUAGUGGUAAAUGUGGCAUCAUCUGUGUAUGGAUCAGCUUUUUAGUGUCUCUGUUUCCUCCUUUGAAGCAUGAUAAAACAUUCACCAUAGUCUCUCUUGCAACUACCGAUUUACUUGAAGCAUUUUCAAGAAAAGUAGUGAUUUAAUUGAGGAACCUCAAGAAAUGUCCAGUGGAGAGCCAAGAAGAGUCUCACAUAAAGAUAUACAAUUGGUACAAAAUCUUAUAGAACGAUGUCUGCAAUUAUACAUGAACCAGAAAGAAGUUGUUGAUACUCUUAUGAAGGAGGCAACCAUAGAGCCUGGUUUUACCGAACUUGUUUGGCAAAAACUUGAAGAAGAGAACAGAGAAUUUUUCAAGGCAUACCAUUUGAGGUUGAUGGUGAAGAACCAGAUUCUAAUUUUCAACAAGUUACUUGAGAAACAGGUUGAGUUAAUGCGCCAAAUAUGCCCACCUGGAGUUGCUUCUCUACCUGUUUCUAACGGGUCUCGUACAUCAUCAUUAAACCAGGCUUCUGCAUGCUAUGUCCCAGAGCAUACAAUAGCACCUGCAAGGCUGGAGAACAGGCAUCAUGGAAUUGGUCCUAAUGCUCCUAAUGCAUUCAUAAGUGAUGCAUCUUCAGUGUGCAGGAAUAUGCAUGUAACUGAUGAUGUUCCUGCUCAUACCAGGAGGAUAGAUGUCUCAGCUAGCAUACUUUCAACUCAAAACUCACAAAUGGGAAUGGUACCAGGAAUGAAUGGAAUGGUGAUCAAAUCAGAACCUGGGUAUUCAAACAAUUCAACUUUUAGUUUUGGUACUGAAACCAAUGUCUUGGAAACACGCUCAGCACUUGGCGAUGCAUCUAUUACAACUUUCAGUAGCACGGAGUCCAACUCACACCCCCUGAAUGGGCUCCUGGAAAAUGAUGUUUCUUCAUUUGGACUUUUAGGCCAGAUUCCUCGAAAUUUCAGUCUUUCAGAUUUGACUGCUGACUUUUCGCAGAGUGCUGAUAUACUGGAGAAUUACUCUAGGUCCCCGUUCCUAGGAACAGAUGCAGAGGACUUCCUGAAUUCCCCUGGAAAUGGUGACUGUCAAGGAGGGAAUAAGAGACUGGAUACCAUAUCAGAGGACUUAAGUUAUGAGGAAUUUGGUAGUGAAUGAUCAGACUUUUCAACUUAGCAACUACAUAACUUUAGAGAAGUUAUUGAUUGUACAUAACUGCAAAUCAAGAAGGAUUCAAAAUUUAUUGCCUAUGUAAACUUAUAGUAACUAGAGAUGGGGUUUUGAUUAUAUUAGAUUGAUUGCCUAAAGGAGGCAUCUACAAGUAAGUUCACUUUGAACAGAAAUGGUUCUUUGUAACCAUGGCCGUCAAACAAGUGAUUUACUUUAUAUUGUGGCAUAUACAAUAAACAGAAUAGAUCAAGUCAUAAUGGAGUGUGCUUUCAUUGAGGAUUGAAAUC